AAAACAAAACAUUUAUUCAUAAAUAAGAACAUCAUCGCUCCAGCGUCACUCUAGUUUCACCCAUUGACGCUGCUGUUUGAGAUUGAAGAACGUGGGAGAUGGAGAAGACCCAAAACGGAGAAGGGAAGGAAGAAUCUAAGGCCUCUGGUGGGGAUGCUUCUAUUUGUGGCUACGAUUCUCUUCACCGUCUUCUCAAGGAAAAUCUCAACCCACAUCACUUUAAGGAAGUGAGCCGUUUGCUUACUGGGCUUAAUUGUGGAAAAGUACUUGAAACAAUUGCUCUCCCAGAAUCUGCUACAGCUCUCUCUGUGGAACAUGGUUUUGAUCUCCAGGCGUUUGGCUUUCAUGCUGACAAAGAACUAUUAAGAGAACCUCGAGUAGUGAGGGUUGGUUUGAUUCAGAACUCUGUUGCCCUUCCAACAACUGCUCACUUUGUGGACCAAAAGCAGGCUAUCUUUAUGAAACUAAAGCCAAUUAUUGAUGCUGCAGGUUCUUCCGGGGUCAACAUAUUAUGCUUGCAAGAAGCAUGGAUGAUGCCAUUUGCCUUUUGUACACGAGAGAAGAGGUGGUGUGAAUUUGCAGAACCAGUUGAUGGGGAAUCAACAAAGUUUUUGCAAAGCUUUGCACUGAAAUAUAAUAUGGUGAUUAUAAGCCCAAUUCUAGAGAGGGAUAUUAACCAUGGAGAGGUUAUAUGGAACACUUCCGUUGUAAUUGGAAAUCACGGCAAUAUAAUUGGAAAGCACAGGAAGAACCAUAUACCAAGAGUUGGAGACUUCAAUGAGAGCACAUACUAUAUGGAAGGAAAUACUGGCCACCCUGUAUUUGAAACAGCAUUCGGAAAGAUUGCCAUUAAUAUAUGUUAUGGUAGGCACCAUCCUUUAAAUUGGUUAGCCUUUGGCUUGAAUGGUGCUGAGAUUGUUUUCAACCCUUCUGCCACUGUUGGAGAACUCAGCGAACCAAUGUGGCCAAUUGAGGCACGUAAUGCUGCAAUAGCAAAUAGUUACUUUGUUGCUUCAAUCAAUCGUGUUGGGACUGAGACAUUCCCCAAUCCAUUCACUUCUGGUGAUGGGAUGCCAGCACAUGCAGAUUUCGGGCACUUUUAUGGAUCCAGUUAUAUUUCAGCACCAGAUGCAUCCUGCACGCCACCUCUAUCUCGUAACAGGGAUGGCUUGUUAAUAACAGACAUGGAUCUUAACUUAUGUAGGCAGGUUAAAGACAAGUGGGGUUUCACAAUGACUGCGCGAUACGAGUUGUAUGCAGAGACACUCUCCCACUAUGUGAAACCAGACUUUGAGCCCCAAGUCAUCAGUGACCCCUUAUUGCACAAGAAGUCCUUGUAAUCUGUACUAGAAAGUGUUAUGAUAUGUGUUUACUGUUUUUAGUUUAGACUGUGCUUUGUGGUGGCAUGGCCAAAAGAUACAACCUUAAAUAAAGUUUCAAUGUUACAGAUUGAUAUAUUAAAAUCAGGUCUUGAAAGACUAUAAAGAACAAAGGAAAACUGGAGGGAAAAAAAAAAUCAGUUCUGUUGAAGGAUUUUAUUGCUGAAGCAUUUCGGUAUGUAUUGUGUCAUUUGUGUGUGUAUGCAUUCCAAUAUUCAGUAAAAGGUUUGAGUGGGCACUUGUUUGGUGAUGUCUCUUUGAAUUAUGGUGGAAGUAUGUAAUCAGUGUGUUCUUGAAUUUCUUCCUAAUUUUUUACUUAUUGUGUUGGUGCUAGUAC